AUGUCCUCCUCCGCCGUCCCCAUCCCGCAACGCAAGCGCAACGCCGUCGCAGCCGCAUCCUACAGCUCGUCCGCCUCGAGCUCGUGGUCUGUUGGCCUCGGCACGCCGCACUCCUCUUCUUCGAAAGGGAAAGAGCCAAUGUCCACAUCUCCGCCUUCGUCGUCCUCGCCGUCGUGGUCGUCGAUGGUGGAGCCGAUAUCGCCGCGUCGGCCGUCUUUGUUGGGGAGCUCGUUGGCCAAGUCGGAGCAUACGGUCAUCAAUCUUGCACAUUCUGAUGGGCCGCCGCGACUGGUGACGUGCGUCAAGUCGUCGCAAGGCUUCGAUUGGAAUCCAGAACUCUUCCUGCCCUCCUACGCCUACCAAACCACGCUGGACCUCGCAACGAAGCAGGAUCCCGUGGAGGACAUUGUGCUUACCGAUGAGGAGGCUGCUGCUAUACUUCCGCAAUAG